AUGGCUGGCGCGGGAACCAGCGCUCAAAAGAAGAAAGCCACUGCAAAGCUGCAGCCCAAAAAAAUCCAGCCAACUCGCAAGUCGAAGGGUGAUGCCGUGGCAAAGGCGGCAUUACAGAAAAGAACCAAGGCCAAGGAUAAGGGUGUCGCAUCACCCGCAUCAUUGGUCCAAGGGACACUACCUAGUAGCAGUCGGAAACGGAAGCGACCAGCUCAAGCUGAUGAAAGUGGAGGUGAACCGGAGGUUGACUGUCAGAGCAAUGCUGGUGGUGAUAGCGGUGGUGCCAUGUUGUCCCGAAAAAGAGCCCGACCGCCAAGGUUGGUAAUUGACUCUGAUGAUGAACGGCAUGAAGCUGGUGUCGAGGAGAAUGAUCAGGAGGAUAACUCGGGCUCGGAUGACGAGGGUACAGACGAAGAGGAGGUGGAGGAUACUAAUGAGGUUGUUACCUCGCAGGCUAUUGAGAAUGAGAAGGUGCAGCUGAUUGGACGUGCGAGUGGCUCAGACGUCGAGGAAGAGGGAGCUGCAGUUACGAGCAAGAAGGCACGCCUAACCCACCGGCAGAAGAAACUUGACGACGAACUUCCCGAGGUUGGUCAUGGGCGAAGUACAUCAAAACCAAAACUCUCUUGGGCCAAGCCUUCGAUGCGGAAGGCCAAGCUAUCUUCUCAGCGACGCCAAACCAAGUCCAAGUCUCAACGCGAGGGGCGGGAGAUGCAAUCUGGCGGUUCUGACGACUCGAGCACAGACACUGACUCAGACACCACUGUGGAAUAUGCAAGCGACGGCACGGAAUGGCUACCUCAGACUAAGCUACGGCUUUGUGGCGGGAAAACGAUUGGUAUUCGGGCCCAGCGUUCGCACGUUCAGAGGACUCUGAAACGGGGCAUGGAGCUCAUGACUCGUUACAUUGUCCUUGGCUGCGAUGAGCUCGAUUGGGUGGCGCAGGUUAUCGAGGCUGGUUUCAAGGAUGAGUACCUUGAGAGUUUCGUCUCCCCUCUCGCUGUUGGUGGCCUUGACCCAAUCGCAUUUCAUGCGCUCGCAGAUGGCGCUGAACAAGAAGGUUUGAACAAGCAAGGUGAUAUGGUACAGCGUAUCACCACCGGCUCUUAUGAGCUUUACGUUCAGCGCUGCGUUAAUUAUCUUACGAACCGAUGCGGACCAACUCGGGCAGCAAUCAAAAGCGCUAUUGGAACUGCUGUCGUUGGCGUUUUCGGUCUCGACUCGGAGUCGAGGUCCCACGACGAUGUUAUUUUUCUUUGGGAUCAAAGUCGCUAUAUUUACCCAAAAAACCCCAAGUAUACCGGCGCUGAUAAUAAUGUUGACGAAUCGAUUGAUCGAUCCCGACCAUUCGAGAAUCUAGUCAUCUCUAAGGCAGUCAAGGCGGCUUUCUUCACUGUCGUAGAAGUCACUGGCGCGCAGCCUGCUGACCUCGGCCUCAAACUAUCUCAUCGCCUCAAGUCUUCAAUCGAAUCUUUGUCGGACGAGAAAGAAAUUACGCCUUCGAUGCUACUAAUGGCAUCUGCUGCAGUUUCCGCCAUCUUGAAGGAUAGGGUCAACAGCACUUCGGAGAACUUUACGGGAUCUUGGCUUGACAGUCUUUUCAAGCAGCAGCUAAUUUGGCUUGCAAGUAUACGUAAGAACUUUCCCAGAAGGUAUCACGAGUUGAUGCACGGUAUAUAUAAGGAUUGCACUGGCUCAUCCUUGGCGGCUAAGUCAAUGACAUGCGACGUCAAACGUAUCCUCGGUGAGGUCCGGUGGGAUAUGAUGGCGAAGCAAGAGACACAAGAGACUGCAGAGCCGGCAGCACCCAGUCUAGCAUCACCUGCGUAAGUACCACCCCGCGCUAUGUUACUUAUUGAUGGUACGAAUCGUACACGGUACCCUACUCCCC